CAAACAGAAGACUCCACUCGUGAGUCCGUGACCCCAACUCAAUAUUUCAUCUCUUUCUUUCCUUUUUCUAUAUAGAAAUCAAAAAUUUCAAUGAAAUCUUCUCUGUUGCUUUUACUUAUUCACAGAUUUUUCUUGGAUCUUACUCAUUCACAUGUCCUCACAGGCAUUGUAAUGGCGGUUAGUCUCAGUAAAGAAGGGAAAGCGUACUUGGAAGGAAUUAUGGAUGGAAUUGAUGAUUCUUCAUGCUUUCAAAUGGUGAAUCCAAGUCUUGAUGAUGCUGAGGAUAAUCAACAUUACUGUAUAGAUGUGUUGCCUGUUCUUGAAAAUUCUUCCUUCCCCGCGGUGAUGUUGAAUGCUGGUUCACAUGGCCAAAACGUAUAUAAUUUCUCGGUGGUGCCUGAUGAUGGAAUUACGGUUUCUAAGUGUCCAACAGAACAAGCUUUCAUGAACUACUUGCAAGUUCCUCAACAGAGCCCGAUGUGUUUGGUUGCAGAGUGGGAUUGCAAGACUUGCAGCAUUUUAGAAUAUUCUGAUUGCAGCUUGGAAGUAGACAUUGAUAACGAAACUACAGAAACACCUAAAACUUAUGAUGGAACUGUUGGGGAGUCGACAGAAAGUGAGGGAGCAUCCGAGAGAGUUUCACGCUGGAUGAAUGGCCUAGAAAUUGGUGGAAAAAUCACACAGGCUCUCAUGAAUCACUUCAGUAUGCAACUGAAGUGCUCCUCGAAAGACAAGUCAAAUCAAGAGAGGGGUCCUGAUACACCUAAGAAUAGAUGCGGGAGGUAUAAACGCAGUGCUUCAUUCAACUCGAGAAGAGUUGCUUUUCUUUUCUCAACAUUGUCAAGCAUUGGAACUAUUGUGCUGAUAUAUUUGACGCUCCGAGUGAAGCUGAUAAACGAUGCACUGAUUCAUGAAUAAUGUAUGUUAUUUUGUCGUUUCUCGCUUCGAGCUUUCUCUUUAGUUUUUGAUAUGACUGUCUGUAAUAAAGUUUUUGAUUCCUGUUUUGCUUAUUCCUCAUGUGUACAUAUAUGCUAAACUAUCAGAAUUUCAGAGUUUUCUAUGCAGAGAUUAUAAAUCAAGUACA